AGGGGGGCCUCAGCAGAUUUCCAAGGGCACAUCAAGAUGACUUUAAAUGAUUAAAAAUUGCACAAAAUAAGCUAAAACAAUCAACAUUUUAGUAGCGUAUAUACAUUUGUCUAGUUAAUUUUAUUUGGAAAAAUUUGAGUGAGUGGGGGGCCUUCAAAUAUUGUUGUGGGUGGGGAAUUAGGUGGAAGUAAAAAAGGUUGGGAUAUAUGAGUAUAUAUGACAGAACUGAAAAUAAUGCAUGUUGGCUCUCUUUGUUAAAGGUGUUUUUUAAAACCUUAAUCAGUAUUCAUGCAACUUUGAUAGUUUCAGACACACCUACACUAUGCUUUUUACCAACCACCUCUUUAGAAGUAGUGAAGCACCUCCUUGUUCUAAACAGUUACAUUUUAUUCUUAUUGUGCGCCACCGCCCUGCCCACUUUAUCUAAAGCUUUGCAUUUCAUAAAACUUGUCAGGAUCGUUUCAAGCUGAGAAAAAUGAAUUUUAAUUAUUCUGACUACACUCAAGAAGAUUUACAAAUGCUAUAUGACAAUUCUGCGGAACCAUGUUUAGGGGAGAAGAAACGGAACGUAGAGCAGUACCUUCAGUUAAUCAUUCACCCCAUCAUUUGCUUUGUUGGUUUUGUCGGCAACAGCCUGGUGAUUUUGACGUACGCCCUCUACAAGCGAACCAAGUCCAUGACAGAUGUAUACCUGCUGAAUGUGGCACUCGCUGACAUCCUGUUUGUGGUCGCUCUGCCUUUGAUCAUCUACAGAGAGCAGAGCAACUGGGCCAUGGGGAACUGGUCUUGUAAGCUGCUGCGUGGUGUUUACAGUAUAAAUCUGUACAGCGGCAUGUUACUCUUGGCUUGCAUUAGCGGAGAUCGCUACCUUGCCAUCGUGCAGGCCCGCAGGUCUUUCCGGCUGCGCUCUAGAACACUGAUUUACAGCCGAUUGGUCUGUGUAGUGGUCUGGUUACUGGCCCUGAUCCUGUCCCUUCCCACCUUCAUAUUUUAUGAACGUUAUCAUCCUUCCCCUUCAGAAUUCAUUAGCCUAUACGAUAAUGAAACUUUUGAUACACCGACACAAUAUGUGUGCUUUUUCAGAUUCGAUUCCAAUUCAACGGCACGCUUAAUAAAAACGGCAGUGCCCAGUUUUCAAGUGGGAGCUGGUUUCUUCCUACCCCUUCUGAUCAUGAGUAUCUGUUAUACCAGUGUCAUCAUCACUCUCCUUCAGGCUAAGAACUUUCAAAGACACAAAGCAGUGCGUGUAGUUCUCACUGUGGUCCUUGUGUUUUUGGCUUGCCAUAUGCCUUACAAUGUAGCGCUGUUAUAUUAUACCAUUACCAUGUUUACUCCUCAGGAAUGCAGUCAUGGAGAGGCUGUAGAGUUGACCAUGAUUGUAACCGAAAGCCUGGCCUACCUGCACUCUUGUCUUAACCCCCUGCUGUAUGCCUUUAUCGGGGUGAAUUUCAGAAACCAUUUCCGUAAGAUCCUCCAAGACAUCUGGUGCAUGGGGAAGAACUACAUGUCUGCACGGCGGACCUCACGUGUCACCUCUGAAAUGUACCUUUCCACACGGCGGUCUGUUGAUGGCUCUAACAAUGAAUAUGGCACUUCAUUUACAAUGUGAUAUGGCACUGUGCAUGCAAAAUAUUUUGAUAUGUGGUAUCAUUUUUAUUUGUAAACAGUGUACUGUAAGUCUUCUGUAUCUUCAUUUUUUUAUUAUUGUAUUUAGUACUAAUGCUAACUCUCUUUUAUUUUUCUAAUAUGCUCUUUUAACUUCUCCCACCAAUAUGUAUAUUUUAUCUCAAUAAAUCAGGCUAAAUAUUAUGACAAUAUGCAAAAUAGGGAAGAUGUUGUGUAAUUGCAUCUCUGCAGUCUGUCUGUUGAUGCUAUUAUAUCAUAGCAUUUUUUAUUUAAGCACCUGAAAGAUUUAAGCCUGUGCUUCUGUACAGUGUAAAAAAUGUAGUUAUUUCAACUUUAAAAUAUCAACAAAAAAAAUGUUUAAAAUGUUGUGUUGACUGACAAUUGAGUUUGAUUUUUGCUGUAAUAUUAAAAAACUUUUCUCCAUUUGUUAGCAAAUAUGAGACCAAUUUGCUGUAUUUUUACACAUUAGUUUUAUUAAAACAUUUAUGUUUCUUAACAAAAGAGUGAAAGUCCCUUACCAUCUUAAGGAUACGAAAAAUUACACAUUUAAAUCAAAUGAGGUGAUGCAAAAAUGAGUACACCCUACAAAAAAUCUUUAAAAAAAACCCUAUCUAAUAUUUUGUAUGGCCUUAAAAAUGGCACUAAUUCUUCUAGACAUUGAAUAAAGAAGUUGACAACAUACAGUAACAUCUUUUAUUCUCCAUUCUUGAACAAUGACCUCUUCCAGAUCCUGGAUGGAAAAUGACUUUCUGCUUGUCUUUUUAGAACUCCUCAUACUGUGCUUCUUCUAAAAUGAAGUAGUGACCUAUGUGUUUUGGGUCACAAUCAUGUUAAAAGAUUUACCAGAUUUCCCAGAGUGAUGGUAGCAUCUUCUCUUUAAGUAUUUCACAGUACAUCUGUGUAUUCAUGAUGGCGUCUAUAAAAUUCAACUCUCCGACACCUGCAGCACUCAUGCAAGCCCACAAAAGAAUACUGCCACAACCAUGCUUUACUGUUGGUACCAUGCAUCUUUCAUGGUACUCCUCACCUUUGCCACACCAUACAGUUUGGAACUGUGGAUGACAGCCAUGCAUGCCUCUCCUUUGCACUGUACCUCCAUCAUGUGGUGUCAGGGGAAACAUCCCAGAUUGACUUUCUAAUGAUUUAGCCAACUGUGCUGAACUUGCAUGAUGAUUUUUUCAACAUCCCCCAUCACAGAACGCUCUUGAUGAGGUGUUAACUUCAGUGGACGUCCUGGACAUCGCAGAGAGCUUUUCACAAGUCCAUCCUUUUUAAAUUUUUGGAUCCCUUUCAUGACAGUAUUCAAACUUAUUAGCAAUGCUCUUAAAACUUUGACCAUUUUGUGCAAAGAAAUCUUUAUUUCUCAACGUCUUGAGACAUUUCUUUACCAUGUGGUGCUAUUCUGUCACCAUUACAUGGAGUGGAUUUUCUCUCUUAAAUACCACUCUCAAUUGCCAGUUAUCCUGUGUGAUGAUUAAUUAUAGUCAUAAUUUCCUAAUGAAUUCCUGUUAUUUACACUUUAUUAAAAAUUUUUGCUAACAUAUUCAUCAGGGUGUACUCAUUUUUGAAUCACCUCAUUUGAUUUAAAAUAUUUUUUGUAUCCUAAAGAUGGUCAGUGACUUUCACUCUUGUGUUUAUAAAAAUAAAUGUUCAAUAAAACUGUUUUGUAAAAAAUAAAUCAAAUUGGUCCCAUAUUUACUAACAAAUGGAGAAAAAUCUUAAUUUUCAAAGGGGAUCACUUAUGCUGUGCACUGUAUAUACAAAAUUUGCCAAAUUACAAAAGUAAGUACAGUGAGAUAAACAGUUGCACUUUUUUACUAUUGCUUCAGGUAUCUGUUUGCAUCUGUCUUACAGCACACAAAUAUUUAAUUGACACACACAUUUGUUUUGACAUGUAAAAGGUUAUUGCUCAAGAAUACAUAGUAAGCUUGAAAAUUUAGGUUUCCAAUUUUCAAAAUUAAAAAAAAACUUGAAAGCAUUCUUUCAUUUCAAGAAAAAACUGUAUCCUCCACAGUGAUUUGUAUAUAUUUUUGUUACAUGCAUGUUGUUGUGGAAUUGUUACCUUCUUGAACACAUUUACCUUGUUGAAUAUUAUA